ACUCCCUAUGUAGGGAGCGAGGAGGCAUUCAGGACGCAGCCGCCGCUGGGAUGAAGGAGAGACGGGGGCAUCCUCGGGUCUGAUCUCAUAUUUAAAGCUAAGAACAAGGCGAUUGAGACUGUGUGUGUGUGUGUGUUUGUGUGUUUGUGUGUGUUUUGUUUUGUUUGUUUGGAUUGCUGAGAAAGAAGAGCAGCUGUGCCAAGAUGAUGGAGGAGAUCGACCGAUUCCAAGUGCCGACCGAGGCAGAGAUGCAGGCCUUGGAUCCAGCGUCCUCCACUGCCUCUGAGGGAGACUCGGACACGAGAGAGAGUGAGCCGGCUACCCUGAACUACAAACCAUCACCGCUGCAGAGGAAAAUAGAAAAACAGAGAGAGCUGGCCAGGAAGGGUUCUCUGAAGAACGGCACGGUGGGGAGUCCUGUCAACCAGCAACCCAAGAAGAACAACGUCAUGGCCAGAACACGGCUGGUGGUUCCCAACAAAGGCUACUCCUCCUUAGACCAAAGCCCAGAUGAGAAACCAUUAGUUGCUUUAGACACAGACAGUGAUGAUGACUUUGACGUGUCCAGAUACUCCUCAUCCGGAUACUCCUCGGCUGAGCAAAUAAACCAGGACCUGAACAUCCAGCUGCUGAAGGAUGGAUACAGGCUGGACGAGAUCCCCGAUGACGAAGAUCUGGACCUCAUCCCUCCAAAAUCGGUCAACCCAACCUGCAUGUGCUGCCAAGCCACGUCUUCAUCCGCCUGCCAGAUCCAGUAAAAUUUCUCUCUUUCUUCUGUUGAUCUCUCUCUCUCUCUCUCUCCUUCUCGUACCCUUAUAAAGACAUUUAAUCCACGUUAUGGCACGGUAUGUACAGGUAAUGUUAUGAUUAAAAUGGUGUACAGGGAGUCCUGAACAAAAACACACAUACAUACACACACUCUCGCACACAUACACAUACACCUGCUAUAAUAAUUAAUGUUAUGACUAUUAUUAUUGGUAGCGUCCUCCUAUGGUAGGGCGCUCUGUAUGCUAGUUAGCUGGGAGGAGAUUAUGUGUAAAACCUCCUAGUGGACGUUGUGUAAUGACUGUACAAUUGGAGGUAAAAAAAAAAAAAAAAAAAAGAUUUAACUGUGCAUAAAACACUUGGUGAUGCUAGCGCCGAUUUAUCAACUGUAGUACCUGCUUCCAUGUCGUACUUAUCAUUUUAUGUUUGUCGUCUUCGUUUUUUUCUUUUUUUUUUUGUUAACCUUUGAAAUGGACAGCUGUAUCUUGUGUGCUUAAGGAUGUUGCCGAGACACUGUUGAUUUUCCUUUCUUGUGCUAGUUGCUCAUUCGCGGCACUAAACGCAGCAUUGUGUAGCAUGUACGGAAAACGUUGCACUUUGUUUUUUUGUCGACGGUUUUGUUUACAUUUAUUCAGAGAUCCACCACAAAUGAUCAUUCAAUGAUUUGGAAAGGAAUGUAUCGAUUAAAAAAAAAAUGCAUAUCCAACUGGCUUAUAAAAUGCAAUAUAGCCUAUAUUAUGUAUAAAAAAAAAAAAGCCACUUAGCAUCAUUUGGUCGAUCUUUAUUUGAUGUUAACUUACACACAUAAUAUCAGUGUGCUGUAAAAUGCUACCUAAAGUGCGUACAAACACUUUGGUGUGAGUGACUGUUUCUCAUUUUCAGUUGAAGUGCUGUGUUCUGGCUUUUUGACUAAAGUGGCAUCACACAGGAAGUAAACUUUCAUGACUAUGGUAAUAAAACUGGCUAUUUACUUGUG